GAGUAUAAAGAUCUGGAGCGUCGUCUUGGCCGCUAAAACCCUGGAGAGGUGGGUCUGCAUUCUCUAAAACCCUAAAUCCUUGAAGAGGAAGAUGGGAACUCCAAGCAAAGAUCUUCUGCAAUUGGAGCACAACAAGUCCUCAAUUUCACCACUGGAAUCCACACUACUUGUUUGUAAAAAUGAAUCCCAGCCUGCCCAAACAAAGAAGCCCAUCAUUGCUCCUCCUCCCAAAAGCCAGUUGUUGGGAAAAAUGAGGAACUUCUUGGGAGUCAUGUCAGAAGCUAAUGAAAAAUUGCAGCUUGAUGCGAAGGAUAAUCCAGAAAAAUAUGACAUCGAAGCGCUCACCGGAGAUGAGUCUCAAGUCGUUAGUGUGGAAUGUAUGUUGGGUGUUGUUGAUCUUCAAACUCCUGAGGCUGUGGCUGCAGCAGAAGCUGCAGUUUCUGGUUAUCAGCCUGUGAUACCUGUGGAGGAUAGCAGUAGUGGAGAGGAAUCAGAUGAUAGUAGCAGUGAUGAUGAAGAAGAAAGUAGCGAUGAGGAUAAGAAAACAUCCUCUCCGGACAAAAUUAAUUCUUUAAGUGAAGGAUUUAAUAAUAAGCGGCCCAAAAAGCGGCCUAAAAUUAUUGAGCUUUCAUAACAAUUUUGUGAAAACUAGUUCUCAAGUAGUAGAGAGUGUAUGUACCAUUGAUUUAUUAUAGCAGUGCGUGAUAUAUGAAUGGUUAUGGAAGUGUAUCAUUAGAACACAUAAUUAUGGGAAGGUAUAAUUUCUGAGUAA